AUGAUCCAAUCAUUCCUAGAAGAUAAUCAUGGGCUGGAAAAAUUCGUCUAUCCACACCAAGAUCAUUAUGAUUUAAACAAUAAACAAGUCCAACAUCAUUCACAAUCUGACCCAGUUAUUCCUGUUACUGUGGCUGCUAUACCCACUCCAGAGUCAACAGCAACAACAGGCAAAAAAUCGGACACAGCUAUUUCAUGUAGUAUCAAACUUUCACCAAAAAUACUACUAACAUUAUUAAGUGAUCCAAUUCAAGCCAUUGAUAUUGACAACCCACAAUUGAAAAUCAUAACAUAA